AACAACAACUGAAUCUCAAAAUCUCAAAACAAACAAACUUCUAUUUUAAUUAUAUGUAUUGAAAUUAAGAAAAUGGAAAUGAAAAUUCAACUUAUAUUAUUGAUUGUGUCUUCUAUUAGUGACUCAGGUUUAGCAAUAUGGUGUUACCAAUGUACAGCAGCCACUCCUGGUUGCAAUGAACCCUUUAACUGGCGAGGUAUUGGUUAUUUAGGAAGUCCUUGCGUCGAUAGUGAAGAUGUCUGUGUAAAAUUGAUUGAGAGAAAAGGAGCUCAAGAAGUAAUAACAAGGGACUGUUUAAGCAAUUUUAAACCAUUCCGUACUGAUAUACCUGCUGAUACCUAUGAGGGCUGUAGGCCAGCUGCCAAAGAUGUAAACCUGGCCAAUUAUGUGAACAAUUCAAUAAAAGAACUUGAUGUAAAAAGGGAGUGGUAUGACGAGACUAUAUGGUGCAUGUGCUUUCUUGAUCAUCGAUGUAACAGUGCAUCAGCCGUUACAAAUUCAUUUGUCAGUCUAGCAUUGUCAAUUGUACUAUUACUUACAAAACUGUUUCCUUGAUAGCCAGUCAUGUACUGCAAAUUGGACUGAGACUGACAAUAGGUAUGCAAUAAAAAUCAAAUAUACAAAAGGCCAUUCAUGUAUAACCAAAUAAAUAGACUUAAACUGACUAUUGUUAAAGGAUCCUAAUUGUCAAGCUAUAUUUGUUUCUAAACCUUGUAAAAUUAAGCAAUAUCAAAACUUUUUAUUAGGAUAGUGCUUGUGAAAAAAUGAAUAUCAAUAUUUUAUAAUCUGACAAAUGAAAAAUAAAAAACGAUGCAAUACCGAAUUACACACAUAUUUCUUUGUCAUGCAGUUUCGCUGAUAUCUAUCAGUGUUAACAUUUGUUUUGAGAGAUUCAUUUCUACCAGAGGGUACAUGAUACUAACUAUGUUAAUUCAGAUGUAAUAAUUUUUUGUCUGUACUAAUUUAAACUCAAAUUGGUACUCGGUGCUGAAACUUUUUGUAAACUUAGUGGACUUCCAUAACUUUUUAUGUAAAAAUCGCUUUUAUUGUUUUUUAAUUUCUUUAUAUUAUUAUUCUUAUAGUUAUUUACUUUUAUUAUGUCAGUUUGAAAUCUUUAGCGAUUAAGGGAUAAUCAAAUGAUGGGCACUGUUAAAUCUACCGAAGAGGUUUAAAUAUAUAGGUAUACUAUAGAGCGGACGUUGGGAACAUUUAUAUACAAAAACUUUGAGCUAGUGCGCGUGUGGCACCCUCUAGAUAAAAAUAGCAAAACAACACUAAGCAUUUAUUAAGACAACAUUUUAACUAUUCCCCAGUAGGUGAUGAUAAUAAAUAUAACCUCGUUUUAGGAAUGUUACCGUUUUAAUAUCAAAGUAUCGAUAAUGUUGUUGAAGAUUACAAGUUUGAAAUGCUUUUCGAUAUAAUAAUAGGAAAUAUACAUGAUUGUUUUAUAAUUAAAAUUGGUAACUAAAUAGUGACGUUUACUGGAUAACAGAGGGCGCUUAUUACAAUAAAAAUAAAUGUUCUAGAACAAUCUACUAGAAAUAAUAAAAUUUAAAGAUUAUUCGGUAAAUAUAUAUUAUUAUAAUUAAAUAUAAUUAUAUUUACGAUAAUAAACCGAUAUCACAUUCAUUUUUUGUUCCAUAUCGUGACUUACAAUAUCUUAAUGCACAACCUGGCAUAUUUUCUUUAAAAAUAUUUUUUAAAUAUAUGAAACGAAUACGUCUUGACUUUUUGACGAUGUCACUAAGACUAAAUGACAAAAAUCGGAGAUAUAUCCUAUAGGACAUAAGUUACAGACGACAAUUUUGCAACUGAUGUCCGGUCUAUUACUACUACUACUUAAAUGUCUUUGAAAUCUACCCAUAUCACACUUGACAGUUAGUAGUAACUGUGGUUAAAUUGAAGGUGGAUGAAGGUAUUGUAGCUGUUGCAGCUCGAUUAUUUAAUCAGCCUCAUAAUAUGACGGUUAAGUUUGCUGUUAAAAUCGACAUAGGGUAAACGCCUAGUUUCAUAGUCUAAUUACAAUGAUAUGUAUAACAUUAACUUAUUGGCUAACUGAAACUUUUUGGCUUUUGAUAUAGCUGAACUAAUAGCCACUAUGACCUUUCUAUUUGGUUUCUUUUUCUACCACUAUAGUACUAACAUUCCUUUUAUAGGAUUAGAUCAAUAGUUGAUGUAAUCUUAUCAUUAGUGCUAUUUGAAAUUAUGUGCAACAAAAUACAUUAAUUUGUUCAAAUGUAAUUAAAUUUUAAACAAGUUAGAACUCAACUUCACCUUAAACUAAUAAUUUCUUUAACACAAGAGCUAAAUAUUUCUAAUCCUUUUAUAAGCAUUAUGCUGGGACAUUUGGCUAAGCUUUUAUAAGGCAUUUAUUUAAAUGCUGGCAAUUAACAAAAUAAAUAGCGAUCCAAUUCACAGACUGAUAAACCACCGAUCUGCAACAUACCUAUGGUUAGCCAGGCAUUUGCAAUUAGGUUAUUGUAAUUGACAUAACUAUUCAUAAGUAUAAAUGAAAAUAUUGUUUGUAUAUUAUGUUGUAAUACAACUGAGUUAAAUAUGGUUUUAAAAAUAACUAAUUUUUGGUCUGAGUGUUAGUUAAGUAAUUUACGACAGUAAUAUGAACGUAAAAUUGCACGACAUUUAUCAAGUAAAAUACACACAAUUAUAAUUAGUAUUGUGAUAUUUGUAGAUUGUUUGUUAGAUUUAUUUUAACCUACUCGUGUCUCAUUUUAAAAAUGUGUUUAUUUGUAUGUUGUAUAAGAAUGAAAAAAUAAUAGGUACUUUAAGUUUAUCUAAUAUAUAUAAAUUAAUAUUUGUUUGUUCGUAUUUUAUGCGCUGCCAUACCGUUCAUCAGAUUGCAGUAAAACUUUGUCAACCUAUUGCUUGCCCUUGCACGAAGAUUAUAUGCAUAGUACAAUUAAUUUACACUAGGUGGCGCGAGCGUAUCAUACCGAUAAAUUUAGUAGAAAGAUAUAUCAUUCAAUUUCAAUGAAUCAUCAAUAUCAUUCCUAAUUAAACAAUAUAACUCUCCCAAAUUUAAAACGAUAACCGGCCGAAUUUGUAAAGGUCUAGAAUAAGUAAUGUAGGCAAAUGGUGAAAAAAGAAAUUAAUUUAAAAAAUCUCAAAUAUUCUGUUUUUUUUAACUUUUAAAUUCAAAAUGUGUGGUAAUGAAUUAUUUUAACUGAUUUUACUGCGCACGCAAUCAAUAAAUAAUCUUCUUUAUAUAUAAAAAUUACGUGUCACAUUGUUGGUCCGCGAUGAACUCCUAAACUGCUGAACUGAUUUCAAUGAAAUUUUGCACACUCUGUGCAGUUUGGUCAAACUUAAGAGAUAGGAUAGUUUUUAUCCUGAUAAGUGACACUCAAUAUUUUAUUAAAUACGAAUUUAAGGAUUUUUUAUAUGAAGGGUCGUCAAAAAGGGCAGAACAACUUCGGCUUGGCCAGCUAGUAUAUAUAUAUGUUAAUAUUAUAUAAUAAAGUGCAAAAUGGUAUAUCAUUAUUUAUAAUUAAGUCCGUCCUGUACUUUAUACCUUUUGAUAUAGGUUAUACUUACACCUAAACAAUAAGGUACCUAUAAAUAAAUAAAUUUCGAGAUUAAAUUUUUGUGUAAACUAUAAUAAGCUCUUUUAUAUUUAUGUUUUUUUUUUUUAUCUUAAGUCUUUAUUCCGUCCAUUGUUUGUUAGAUUUGUAUAUGUACAUAUUAAAUAGAUUUUUCAUUACACUUUUAUAUUAAUUGAUCUGAAUAUAAGAUGAAAAGUAAAAAUAAUAAAUUUAUC